AUGAAAACCACUAUUAAAGGUUUCGAAGCUACUGGAAUAUGGUCCACAGACCCAUCCAUAUUCACCAAUGCAGAUUUCCUCCUGGCAGACAUAACUGACUUCGGACUUGAUAGGCCGUCAGAUAAAGAGGUUAUUAUAUCUGGAGCUGAACAUUUGGAAUUGCCUUCAUCUAGCAAAAAAGACACCGCCAACGGGUUGGAUGAUCAAACUGGCGAAGUUUCAGCGAAUUGUAACAAUGAACUGCCACCUAAGAAUGACGAAGUUAUUAAGGCUAAUAGUUCUAGUCCUGGGUACUCUUGGAUGACAACUGACAACACAGCCUCCUCAUUUCAUAUUUCACCUGAAAUUCUGAUGCCCUUGCCAAAAGUUAAUGAAAGCACGAAAAGGGCGAAACAGAAGAGGGGGAAGACUGUUGGUUUAACUGAUGCGCCCUACAAAAAAGAGUUAGAAGCCAUUAUUAAGGAAACAGAGGAAAAAGAAGAAAGAGCAAAGAUAAAACUAUUUGCGAAAGAGAAAAAAAUUAAGAAUUCAAAAAAGAAAGGAAUGGGCCUGAAGAUAAAUGGAAAAAGGAAGGAGAGCGAAUCCAAUACUAACGAGAGUGAUUAUGAGGAAGGUUCUGACUAUGAAUGUUUAUAUUGUGAGCAGCAGCUGAAAAUAAUGUCGCAGCUGAGGAACAACCCGUCCCUCGACUUCUGGUCGGGAGCGCUCCGUGCUGGCCACCCUGUGGACGUCAGGGUGCCACCCAGAAUGCACGGCAACAUCCAAGCCUACCUCAACCGCCAAGGAGUGCUGCAUCACGUGGUUAUUAAUGACCUCCAACAGGUCUUGGAGAAGGAGCAAAAUCAGACGCAGGUGAAACCCAUAAACAGCAAGGACGAGACUCACAUUUCAUUCACCAAGUACCAACGCUACGAUGAUAUUCGGAAGUACUUGUCGCAGUUGGAAUCAAGCUAUCCAAGUACAGUGACUGUGCAGAGCAUCGGAAACACAUCCGAGGGACGCCCUAUGGAUAUCAUCCAGAUAUCCUCUGGAGGCGGUGGCACCAGGCCGGUCAUCCUGAUCGACGCGGGCAUCCACGCCAGGGAAUGGAUCGCACCAGCUGCCGCCCUGUACGUCAUCAACCAGCUGGUCGAGAACGCAACGGCGAGUUCGCUCACAGACAGCGUCGACUGGCACAUCAUCCCCGUGCUCAACCCUGAUGGUUAUGAGUACUCUCUCACAAAGGACCUCAUGUGGAGGAAGACAAAAUCAAGAAAAUCCAGUUCGUGCAUGGGAGUGGAUGCCAACAGGAACUUCGGUUUCCACUGGAACGAGAUUGGCGCCAGCAGUUCCCCCUGCUCUGAGCUCUAUGCUGGCCCUCAUGCCUUCUCAGAGCCUGAGACGCAAGCUCUCCGAGACUACGUCCUGAAGAACUCCAAACGCAUCAAGCUCUACCUAACGUUCCAUAGCUUCGGACCCCACAUACUCUAUCCGUGGGGAUACACUAGCGAAUUGCCUGGCGACUGGAAAACCCUGGACGCCUUGGCAAGCAAAGCAAAUGAAGCCCAGAUUGCUGCUGGAGGUCCUAAGUACGGGGUCGGCAGCUCUACAAACGUCUUGUACGCUGCGGCCGGCGGCAGUGAUGACUGGAUCAAGAGCGUUGGCGGAGUAGCCCUCUCCUACACCAUCGAAUUUCCCGGUGGAGGUAGCAUGGGUUUCUUCCCUCCAGCAUCAGACAUCCUGAAAAUAGUGACGCCAUUCUUCGAAGCCGUGCGCGUCUAUGGGAAAUAUGUUGCUGAUAACUAUGGAUAA